AAAGCAAAGCUUGUUCUGUAUUAAUUAAUGCGAAAUACCUGAGUAAUCAAGAACUGCUUUUACUUAAAGUCAAAUAACUCGAUUUGAGGCUAAAAACCCCAACUGGACAGACGACAAUCGUCAAUCGACAAUCAAGUUCGUUUGCCGUUAAAACUCAGCUCAAUUGACAAGUUGCUGUUGUUGUUUUAUUUGGUUUCGUUUUUGUGAGUUCGUUCAGUUGUGUGGAAAGCAUCAAACUGGCAGCACGUACAAUGUCCGCAGGUCGAGUCGUCGUCUAUGGUGGCAAGGGAGCAUUGGGCUCCGCUUGUGUUGAGCAUUUCAAAGCCAAAAACUUUUGGGUCGGCAGCAUUGAUUUGAGCGAAAAUGAGCAUGCCGACGUCAGUGUUGUUGUGCCUCGUGACGCCAGCUGGGAGGAUCAGGAAUCCUCGGUGAUUGGCAAAGUUGCUGAAUCUUUGGCGGGCAAUAAACUGGAUGCGGUUAUCUGCGUCGCCGGCGGCUGGGCAGGUGGCAAUGCCAAAAAAGACUUGGCCAAGAAUGCGGAUCUGAUGUGGCGUCAAAGUGUUUGGAGCUCGACUAUUUCAGCCGCAUUGGCUGCCCAGCAUCUUAAGGAUGGCGGCCUUUUGGCACUCACAGGUGCUAAGCCCGCCUUGGAAGGCACACCUGGCAUGAUAGGCUAUGGCAUGGCCAAGGCUGCAGUGCAUCAACUGACACGCUCACUGGCUGGCGAGAAUUCCGGAUUGCCCAAUGAUGCACUGGUCGUAUCCAUAUUGCCCGUCACCCUCGACACGCCCAUGAAUCGCAAAUGGAUGCCCAAAGCGGAUUUCGGCAGCUGGACGCCACUCACUGAAGUCGCUCAGCUCUUUAACAAGUGGACACAUAACGAGGAGCGUCCCAAAACUGGAUCCCUGCUGCAACUCAUUACCAAGAAUGGUGUGACCGAAUUAAUAGCAGCCGAAUAAAGAAUCAGCUAAAACUAUUGUUAUAAAUGCGCUCAAAUAAACAUACAGUAUGUCAAGUAAUUGUAUUGAUAAAGAAAA